AUGAACAAUGAAGAGGCACUCAAUAAAUUUGUCUGUGGACUACACCCGUCCAUCCGUGGAAAUGUCCUUGCUGCCCGCCCUGUUGAUGUUGACGAUGCUUGUAACAUUGCCUUGGCAUAUGCCAGUGGUCUCCAACUUGGAUACCAGAACAAUUAUACGUCUGUACCACCUCUGCAACAAUACCAGCAGCAGUACCAGCCACAGUACCAACAACAGCAAUAUCAGUACAGUGGACCCGAGCCCAUGGACCUGGACGCAAUCAACAACCGUCGCAGCAACUACCAGUCUUGCCCGCCUCCAAGACGCACUAAUGCUACUUGCCAUUGGUGUGGUGACUCCGGUCAUUUCAAGAGAUAUUGUAGAGACCGUCUGGCCGCAAUCAAGAAGUUGGACGAGGAGAGUCUUAAGAAGCAGGGUUUUUGCGAAGCACAACCUAAUGAGCCUACAGAACAUUUAAGUAAUAAAGAAACUUUUGACCAGUACAAAAUUGUUACCAAUGAAGAGAAAAAAGCCAUUUCCAAAGAAAAUUGUGACCCUUGUCUCACCACCAAUCAACAUUUUUUGGAAGACCUUCACUCUGCUGUGGACACAGAUUUAUCAUUAUAUGCAGCAACACUUCACGGACAACAAAUCUUGAUUCUCAUUGACAGUGGAGCCAGUGCAAACUAUGUGUUACCCUGGAUCAAACACCUUGCCACAAAAGUCUCGAAUAUUCCUGGGCAAUCAGUUGAAACUGCUGGAGGGCAUAGCAUCAAAAUUAACCAGAAAGCCACACUUACACUUUCUCUUAAUGGUUAUACUGAUAGUACUGCUAAACCUGUUCCUGAUUGGCAUCGAGAUAACUGGUCUUUAUAUCGUGAUGGCCAAGAGUUUGUCCUGCGUCCCCAUGGCAACCGCCCCAUGAAACCUCAACUUAAUUACCUUAUUUCUGCAAAGCAAGUCCAGAAACUCUCUCGGAGGGAGGAGGCAGAGUGUUUUUUGCUGCACAUCAAGACCGAGAAAGAAGUAACCAACGAUGAACAAUGGAUGAAACUAGUGAAAGAGUUUGACAAUGUGUUCUAA